AGCGAGAUUCGCUCUUGGAUAUUGUAGUCCAAAACACAAGUAUAUUAUACCCUCGGUAGGAUAAGCCCCUGGAAAGCCUAAAUAAUCUUGCGCGCAAAACCAACCAGCAAUUCUGCGGAGCAUUUCCACGCAGACGCUCUCUAAAAAUAGCCAGGCUUCUCUGUCGCAGCGUUGACACCUGCCUUUUCCAAUCACCUUGAAAGAAACGCCAGCAGAGAGGAAGACGUGCAGAGACACCACAGCGUGCUCCAAGAGAGACUGACCAGCCUCCAGUGUGCAAACAACAAAUGUGUGCAAGAAUCUGGGUUGACUGUUGAAUGACAAACAAACGCCAAGAGGAUUUCAUAGCGGAUCGUUGUCUCUUCACAACACUGAGGAAGUCCUGUUGCCCUCUGCAGUGGUUUCCUGUACGUGUUCAUCUGAAUCAGAGAGUGCCUGUCUGAGAGCCAGGGUAUCUGUCAAGGGCACACAUGGCCCACCGUGUGCAUGACCACCAGAGAGCUCUACCCGUACCCCAGGCCACAGUCCUGUCCCUGCCGCCCCCCAGCCCAGCAAAAGACUUCAGGCGGACAUGGACUGUGCUGGACUCACUGCUCUGUGGUGCGUUUGCUGGAGCUGUAGCCAAAACAGUUAUCGCUCCUCUGGAUCGAACUAAGAUCAUUUUCCAAGUGUCCUCAAACAGAUUUUCAGCCAAGGAGGCUUUCCGGCUCAUCUACUGCACUUACAUGAAGGAUGGGCUUCUCAGUCUGUGGAGGGGAAACUCUGCCACCAUGGUGCGGGUCAUCCCCUACGCUGCCAUCCAGUUCUGCUCCCAUGAGCAGUAUAAAGGAUUACUGGGCAGCUACUACGGCUUCCAGGGAAAAGCUCUGCCCCCUUUCCCCCGCUUCCUGGCCGGCUCGCUGGCUGGAACCACUGCCGCCAUGCUUACCUACCCCCUGGACAUGGUGCGCGCCAGGAUGGCCGUCACUGCCAGAGAAAUGUACAGCAACAUCAUGCAUGUCUUUGUGCGAAUCUCCCAAGAAGAGGGUGUGAGGACCCUUUACAGAGGUUUCACCCCCACAGUCCUGGGAGUCAUUCCGUACGCAGGGAUCACAUUUUUCACCUAUGAGACCCUCAAGAAACUACAUACAGAAAAGACAAAGAGGUCCCAGCCAUACACGCACGAGCGUCUGGUCUUUGGUGCUUGCGCGGGCCUGAUCGGACAGUCGGCGUCGUACCCGCUGGAUGUGGUUCGUCGACGCAUGCAGACAGCCGGCGUUUACGGCUCAGGCUACAGCACAAUUCUGGGCACCAUGCGUGAGAUCGUGACACAGGAGGGAGUCGUGCGUGGAUUAUACAAAGGCCUGAGCAUGAACUGGGUUAAAGGGCCCAUCGCCGUGGGGGUGAGCUUCACCACGUUUGACCUUACACACAACCUCCUGCACAAAUUGCACCAGAUGGGCUACUUCACCCACUGAAUCCACAUGGGCGAGAAGGGCAGCAGCAAGCACCGACCACGCUGCCGUGAGGGAGGCGGUGAAGUCGGUCACAGAGAGACUUUGAAUGUAUGGCAGUAAUAAUCAGUAAUAACUCCACUCACUACACUGCCUUGUUGCACUCUUGUUUUCACCUCAGUGAAUAUCUCUGUCUCUUUGUGUGUGAGUGUGUGUGUGUGUGUGGACAGUGGAAGAGGAGAUCUAGUCUGUCCACAUAUACUAAGUAUCUAAAACUUUGGUGAAUGCACAGUCUGGGGUCAGUUGUCCCUAGAAGACAACGGCAGUUCAGAGCAAUGGCAGGAAAUAAGCGGCUUCAAAUCAAUUGUUCAGCGACAUUUAUGUAAUAUUUGUUCUGAAAUCGUGGCACCAUCACAGUGAUGAGAGUGAAUAACUGGAAGUGUGUGGAUAAGGAAAAUGCUUGCUCCAUAAUACAUGCAUGUGGACGAGUGUUAAUACAAUACACACAAUUUUUGUCUUUAAUGUUCUUUUAGCCAUCUCAGCAAAGUGAUUUUUAUUGCUUUGAAAGUUUUUUUUUUUUUAAUUUGAUUUUUGAUGGAAGUUUUAUUGUUUCUUGAAUCAUAUAUCGCUGCUUUCUUUUCUUCUUGAUUAUUUCAAGUAGCCUGAACGUGUUGGGAAAUGCCUUUUGGUUAAAUCUAGCUCAUCUGCUCUGAAUCAGACUUAGUGUUUUCACGAGCGUUAUGUGUCACAUGAUAACCCACAUGGUCAGAAGGGGGAUUACGCAAUGGUUUUUAUUUCAAUUCUACAUUUUAUUGAGGUGCCAAGGUGGAAUGACUGAAGAUGAUGGGAUGGAUGAUUGUGGGCCAGGGAUCAUGUCAGCAGGACUGCAUAGUCUCAAGUUUCUAUAAAUAAAUAUUUCAGAUUAAAAUAUGUAUAUAUUAUCAAAGAUAUUUCUAUUUCUUCCCCAAUGUUGUACAGAUUCUGUAUGUGAUAUUAAUUGCUUUUGCCCGAUAGAUGCCGUUGAAAAAUUUUGACAUGCCAAAGCACCAAUCUUUAUGACUAAUACUUCUAUGUGUGAUAAUGAGCAGUCAUACAUUUCAUUGCUAAUAUGCAGUAUUUCCAAAGAUCUAUGAGUUUACUGCUGUUUCAAGCAAAAAUCCAUUCUUGGAAUAAUAAAGGUGUCUUACCACUAAGCUGA